GAUACUUUGGUGAGACUUGAGCAGACAUAUUUGGAAACAUCGAGUAAACAACGUGAAUCUUGGCCAAAACAAUCUACAUCCAUCGAAGAUAUAGGUUGAAGAAAGUGGUAUUUUGAUUUAUAAUUUGAAAAGCGAAGAUGCCGGCUGCUCCGAAGCAGAAGUCUGUGAAUCAUGGGGGAAAGAGGUCUGAAUAUCAGGAUAAGGAGAAACCAACCCAGAUUCGAUUUAGCAACAUCAAUGCUGCUAAGGCUGUGGCAGAGGCUGUAAGGACAAGCCUUGGGCCAAGAGGCAUGGACAAAAUGAUUCAAGCUGCUAAUGGAGAUGUUACAAUCACAAAUGAUGGAGCAACUAUAUUGAAGCAAAUGCAAGUUUUACACCCAGCAGCAAAGAUGUUGGUGGAAUUGUCUCAUGCACAAGAUGUGGAGGCUGGAGAUGGUACUACUUCUGUUGUGGUCAUUGCGGGAAGUCUCUUGGAGGCUUGUGCCAAACUUCUGUCCAAAGGAAUACACCCAACAAGUAUAUCCGAGUCAUUCCAAAAUGCGUCUGAGAAGUCCGUACAGGUUCUACAAGAAAUUAGCACACCUUUAAAGCUGUCAGACAGAGAUUCACUGUUAAAAAGUGCUUCCACCUCUUUGAAUUCCAAGGUAGUGUCCCAGUACUCCAGCAUUCUGUCCCCACUGGCUGUAGAUGCUGUGAUGAAGGUAAUAGACCCCGCCACUGCUACCAAUGUGGAUCUUCGAGAUAUCAAGAUUGUCAAGCGCUUAGGUGGGACCAUUGAGGACACAGAACUCAUUGAUGGUUUAGUGUUCAACCAGAAAGGAGGGGGACAGGGAGGUCCAAACAAAGUAGAGAAGGCCAAGAUUGGACUCAUCCAGUUCUGUAUAUCUCCCCCCAAAACAGAUAUGGACAAUUCUGUCAUUGUAUCAGACUAUGCUCAAAUGGACCGUGUUCUAAGGGAAGAAAGACAGUAUAUUCUUGAUAUUAUUAAGAAGAUCAAGAAGGCUGGGUGCAAUGUCUUGUUAAUACAGAAGUCUGUUCUGAGGGAUGCUGUUAGUGAUCUGGCUCUUCAUUUCUUGGCAAAAAUGAAAAUUAUGGUUGUCAAGGAUAUUGAAAGAGAAGAUAUUGAAUUUAUCUGCAAGAGUGUUGGAUGCCGACCUGUAGCCAGCUUAGACCACUUUUUACCAGAGAACCUUGGAAGUGCAGACCUUGUAGAAGAGGUUCAAACAGGCUCUAGUAAAAUUGUGAAGAUUACCGGAAUUGCUAACCCUGGCAGAACUGUGACAGUCUUAAUACGAGGAUCAAACAAAUUAGUUCUAGAGGAAGCCGACAGAUCCAUUCAUGAUGCUUUAUGCGUCAUCAGAUGUUUGGUCAAAAAAAGGGCAUUGAUUGCGGGCGGAGGGGUGCCAGAAACUGAGCUGUCUCUGCAGUUAAAUGAUUAUGCCAACACCCUGACAGGAAUGGAGCAGUAUUGUUUCAGAGCUUUUGCGGAAGCAUUGGAAGUUAUUCCCAUUACCCUUGCUGAAAAUGCUGGGCUGAACCCCAUUGCUACAGUGACAGAGCUGAGGAACAGACACUCGGAAGGAGAGAAAACGGCCGGUAUCAAUGUUAGAAAGGGAGCAAUUACCAACAUUUUGGAAGAAAAUGUAGUUCAACCAUUGUUAGUUAGCACUAGUGCUAUUCAUCUGGCAACAGAGACUGUCAAAAGCAUUAUGAAAAUUGAUGAUAUUGUUAACUGUGCAAGAUAAGAGGAUUGAUAGUGUAGCAACUCAUAGUUCACUGCCCCCGCCAAUGUUAUUUAUGUGUCUGCAGGACAUCUCUUGACUUCAACCCCUGGAGUAUAUGAAUAAAAAUGAAUUUGAUGGAAAAUCUAUAUAAAUUAUCCCAUUGUAUACAAAUGCUUGGAACAAACUUGAACAAUUUUAUAAUAAAAAUGAGUGAUUUGA